CGAAGCCGCCGCCGCCGCCACCGCCUCAGUCGCAGCCAAAGCCGCCGCCGCCGCAGCCUUCUCAGACGCGCCAGGCGUUUGAACGGACCGGAAGUGGUGGUUUAACGACUUCCGGCAGUUGGGCACAGAGGAGUCAGGAGUGCCGGGAAUGGCGACCAAGAAGCUUGCGCGGCAGCUUGGAUUAAUUAGAAAAAAGUCAGUUGCACCAGCAAAUGGAAAUCUAGGAAGAAGCAAAUCCAAGCAGUUGUUUGACUACUUAAUUGUCAUUGAUUUUGAGUCAACAUGUUGGAAUGAUGGGAAACGCCACCGGAGCCAAGAAAUAAUUGAAUUUCCAGCAGUAUUGCUGAACACAUCAACUGGGGAGAUUGAAUCUGAGUUCCAUGCUUAUGUUCAGCCUCAAGAACAUCCGAUUCUUUCUGAAUUUUGCAUGGAACUGACAGGCAUAAAACAGGCUCAAGUAGAUGAAGGAGUCCCCCUGAGGAUUUGCUUAUCUCAAUUCUGUAAAUGGGUUCAGAAGAUUCAGCAACAGAAGAAAAUUAUUUUUGCUACUGGGAUUUCAGAUCCGCCUAAUUCCGAAGUAAAAUUAUGUGCAUUUGUUACUUGGUCAGACUGGGACCUGGGGGUUUGCCUGGAGUGUGAGUGUAAAAGAAAACAGCUGAUAAAACCCAUGUUCUUAAAUUCUUGGAUUGAUCUCAGAGUAACUUACAAGAUUUUCUAUAGAAGAAAACCAAAAGGACUGAGCGGUGCCCUGCAGGAAGUGGGAAUAGAAUUCUUAGGACGAGAACAUUCUGGGUUGGAUGAUUCUCGGAAUACUGCCCUGCUUGCUUGGAAAAUGAUCAGGGAUGGUUGCUUAAUGAAAAUUACAAGGUCCUUGAACAAGGUUCCCACUAAGAAGAAUUCCAGCGUUUUCACCAGAAAUUUGAAUACGAAUCAAGUUGAAGAAAGGUCAGCCUGCAACAGUAGCAUUCAGGGUCUGAGCAUAUGUGAUAGGGAGCUUAAAAAUACAGUAAAUUCUCAUGAAAAAGUUCAAAUGAGGUCAGUUGGUGUAAAUUCUCCUAUAAAGGUACAGCAAGAUCACCUCCAACUAAAAAGCAAUGUAAAAGCAGGUCUUCAUAAUGCCAAAAGCUAUUUCUCUCUUUUUAAUACAAAGUCCUCUACUUCUGUGGAGCAGUUGCCGUCUGCCAGCUUGAAUACACCUAUGCAGAAGCACAUAAGAAACGAACACCUUGCAUUUAGUACCAAAUCUAAGUCUUCAGCAAUUGGUUCAGAAUUGGUACUUGUAUCAACUACCAUUUCAUCUGUUAAUCAUGUUUCUGAUACGGAAAUGAGUUCUGCUCUUGAUUGUUUACCUAUGUUGGCUGAUUGGGAGGAUGUAGCUUUACUGCCAGCAUCUCAGCCUGAGCAAAGUAUAGAUUGUAUACCUUCCACUAGUGACUCAAACUUAGAUACUUCAUUUAAUUCUAUAGAAAGAUUAAUGGUUUUAAAAGAAGGCACAGAAGAAACCCCUCAAAAAUCUGGGACCUCUAAGUCUGUCGUAUAUAAGAGUCCACAUACUACUAUUUAUCAUGUGGAGGAAGCCAAAGAUCCAGAUUCAGAUGCUUCUGACUUUAAAUUACCUGAAUGCAAAUCAAGUAGCUUCAACAGUGUUAAUGCCACUAUGUCUCAUCCUUCAGUUUUGGGGAAAUACCCCCACCCUUUAGGUAGUACUAAAAGGAAUCUAUCCAGUCCUCUAUCUUUCCCGCCAGCAAAAAAACAGACCCGCACUGUUCAUGAAGAAAAACCUACAUCAUCUGAUGGCUCUCCAGUGAGAAAUUGUUCCCGGAAGGUCCUCCCCUCUAUCUUAGCUUCUACAGUUAACCUACAAGAGCCUUGGAAGAGUGGGAAAAUGACACCUCCUUUAUGUAAGUGUGGCCGAAGAUCUAAGAGACUUGUUGUUUCUAAUAAUGGACCAAACCAUGGAAAAGUCUUCUAUUGUUGUCCAGUUGGGAAAUACCAAGAAAACAGAAAGUGUUGUGGUUAUUUCAAAUGGGAAGAAACACUUCAAAAGGAAAGAGCCAACAGCAGAGUUCUGUCUCAUUCUCCAAGGGGACUCACUCUUAGUUCCCCAGAAGUAAGCCAUAUAUGUAACAGAAACGUAAGUUUUUCUAAAAAUUCAUUGAGACUCAGACCUUCAAUGAGGAAUUGAUAAACUUUCUCUACAUUUAAACUAUGCUUUUACUUUAAUUUGACUUUUUGUGUGAUAAAGAGAAAAAAGUAUAUAGGGCUACAAGUUAUGGGGACUUAGCAUAUCUUGAGUUCUAUAGACUAUAUUGGGGCUAGUAUACACACACACACACACACAUACAUACAUACACACACACAGUAAAUAGAGAAAAAAAUCAAUUUCACAGUCUUCUAAUUUCAUCAGUUAUCUAACAUGUGUCUUCCAUUCAUGUAUGAAUCCUGGUUGUUCCUUGAAUUUCCAAACAUCAUGAGUAUUCUGAUAAUAGUUGUAGUUGUAUACUGUUUUAUUUUUAUAUAUUAACACUUGCCAAAUUUAUCAUACUUUUUUGAAGAACCACAAAUUAAAUAUUUUGUAUACUUUAUUGAUUAGAUACAUGCAACGGUAGUAUGAUGUUCUUCUUUAGUUAGACCCUGAAAUGAAUUUAAACUAUUUUUAAGUUACUUGAAUAAAAAUAUGACUAAUAAAAAUCCCUAACCUGUUUUCAGGUAGAUAUUUAGACUUUGAGAAUUAUGAUCAUCUUCUAACUGAUAUUUUUAUUUUUCUAAAAACUUUUAUAAUAAGUUGUUUAGUUUUAUUUCAAAACUUGAAGAUUUGUUCUGAUUUGUAUAUCAACGAGUCAGAUGAAUGAUUCAACCAACAGGUCAGAAAUUUGAUUCAGAUGCUAUAUGCUUUAAAAUUUUCUCAGCAAUUGAUGGCAUUGUUUUCAUAUUGCCAAAAUCAUAAGAACAUUGACACUAAUGCAGAGGAAUUUUAUUCUAAAUAAAUGUUCUAAAUAUUUUAUUUCAGAAUUCAGCCUCUGAUGUUACACCCACAAGAUAUUUU